UUUUAUUUUCGUGCCACCUUGACUGGCUCCAAAAAGGAAUCCUUUUGCAAAUUGCGAAGAUGCUCAUCUCAAAUUUAUGAAAACCACACAUUCCACCACGGUCUAAUUUGAAAUUUCUAAGUGAAGGUGGAUUCUGGUGCUCAUUGAUCAGGAUCGUGUACGCUCAGCCUCACUGUACUAUUGUACUUCCUUCGUAAUGAUUGGUUAAUAUUGCCUGUCCCCAAAUUAAAGUGGGUCCCAUCAUGACGUGCCAGAAUUUUGAUGGUUUCAAUUAAUUGUGAGCGUGGGCAAAACAUCAGCAAAGCAAUAAAAACAUAUGCGGAAACGUAUGAACAUAAAUGGACCUAACAACAGCUCUUUCAGCUGCCGUCUAUUCUCAUUUUCUGGGAUAAGAAACUAAGGGAUCUGCACAAGGGAAAUAUUCUGAAACCUUAUUGCAUGUUGGGAUUGAAUUGAUUGUAAAAAAAUCUGAGGCACUUCCUACAGAGGAAGAAGGUCGAAAUUUCCUGAUUAUACUACCGCUGCCCAUCUCCAGUGAAUGGCGGACGAGAGCAACAAAGCAGCGUUGCUUUCUGCUAAUUGUCUUUUCACAAGUCUACCGGAUCAUCUGCUGAUAGAGAUAUUCAUUCGUGUUCCCAUCUCAGAUUGGGGACAAGUCUCUUGUGUUCAGAAACACUGGGCUGAUUUGUUUCGGGGAGAGUGCUUGUGGCAUGCGGCUCUCAUUAGGAGUUUUCCUUUGGCUGGUCAAGCUAAAAGAUGGCCAGGCCCUAUUCCUUGCGGGUUGAGCAAAAGGAGGUUUGCUGCAUUCUAUGUCUGUAAAUACAUCUUUUCCCUUGAUGAUGAAAUGGAUGAGAUCGUAGGUCAUACUUAUUUGUUUCUGAAAGAGCAGCUUGAGAUCUUUACCAUGCCUCCUCCAUCUGGGGUUCUCCAUGGAACGAUAAUAGAUCAAUUUAUUGCCUGUGGCAAGUCACGAGACAAGGCACACGAGCUUGCUUCACUGAUCUGGUUGGCUGUUAUUGACAACUUCGAGGAAAAUCAGGAAACCUUUCUGUUACUUAAACGCCUUGCAUUUGAGGGAGAUGUUUUUCUGUCAUACCCCUACUCGAGAUCAUACAAAGUUCAGUGGAGGAUUUUCGAGAGACUUUUUACAGAUUUUCGUGACUGCUUUAAUCAGUCAGAUUACUACGAUUUAUUGGCACUUGCCAAACACAAGUUUCUGCCAAUACCUUCUACUUGGUUGGGUUACUAGCUUAGCUCAAUUUGGCAUGUCAUGAACCAUGCAAAACUGUGCAUAAAUAUGUUACUUCUGUUCUGAAAACAUCAAGCAUUGUGAUACUAAUGUUGCUUUGGUUUAUUCGAAUAGGUUUUCACCACGAUUUCUAUGUAAAUUCUGUAAUAUCGGAAUGUAAUUUUGGUAAUAUAUAUUGUUACAUUUGGGACAAAAUUUGGCUUCAGUUCAUAUC